AUGAUAGACCAGUUUGAUUCUAUUACUCACCCCUUCAUUGUGGACGUUGUUGAUGUUGUGGCUAAUGGUCACUGUGGAUAUAGAUGCAUUGCUGCGUUGUUGGGACUCGGAGAAGAUUCAUGGCCCGUUAUUAGAAAUGAUUUGUACAAAGAACUCGGUAAUUGGCGUGAUGAAUACGGAAGACUAGUAGGAGGCACUGAUGUAGUAGACAAACUAAAACAAUCUUUGUUGGUGGAGCCACAGUCGACGGGUAACAUGAACAAGUGGAUGACAUUACCAGACAUUGGUUAUGCAAUUGCUAACCGCUAUAAUGUCAUUUUAGUUAAGCUACAGGAAGGUUGUCCUUUGCCCAUGGUGACUAUCAUCUCCUCAACCCACUGUUAUCCUCAGGCACGAGCGUGGUCAUCUAUGUAUACUAGUAGGAUGCAAAAGUUUUCAAAGAAGUAUGGUGUUAUACAAUUUGAUCCCUUAGUCCUAGUUGGGCUUGAACAAUGUGCAGAAAAUGUUUCGUUGCUUUUUGGAAAUUUGUUGAAUUGUUCCGAAGACAACAAACCGUCGUUGGAGAUACAACACUUGGAAACUCCAAGCUAA